CCUUGCCGCAGCAGACACAACCCGUAAUACAUUCUGAACAUCCCCUCCGUUUCUUCUAUCUCUCGCUUUCCACGUCCUUUGAGAGCUGUCUGGACAGCAGACUGUCGCGCCAUCACACCAGGCGCCAAACUUCCUAAACUGGGACCAGUUUCACCAUUCGCCGCAUACACGACCCGUCUUCACCGCGACCUCCUUGAGACCUGACUCUUCAACCUCAAUAAUAGAAUCCAUAAUAUCCUCCCAGCGAGUCCUCUACUCACACCGCCGCCUUAAUGCGUAGCCUCAUUCGGGCCCUCGCCGCCCUCCCCAUCUCCACCUCCCUCACGACCCUCCUACUACUCACCUCACUUCCCCUCUCGACCGCCGCGGACCUCGUAAUCGAUGUCACGAAACCCGCAACUUGUACACGGAAAUCUCAGGCCGGUGACAAGAUCGCCGUAAAUUACCGCGGAACCCUCACCGAUGGUACCCCGUUCGACAACUCCUACGAUCGCGGUUCACCGUUUACGUUUACGCUGGGGGCUGGGCAGGUGAUCAAAGGGUGGGAUCAGGGAUUGCUGGACAUGUGUAUUGGGGAGGGGAGGAAGUUAACAAUUCCGCCGGAGCUGGGGUACGGGCAUAGUGGUGCGGGGGGUGUUAUUGGGCCGGAUGCUGUAUUGGUUUUCGAAACAGAGCUUAUGGGAAUCAAAGGUGUGAAGGCUGAGACCCCAUCGCCUUCUUCAGCAGCUUCUGGGACAGCGACGGAAGCCGUACCUGAACCGACAUCUACUGGCUCUGAAAAGGGCCCUAAAGACGACGAGGGCGACGAUGAUAAUGGCGAAUGCCAUCUCCUGGGUCCCUUUGCGCUGAUUAUCCAAGGCGCGCUGGGCUUGCUCGCUAUCUCGGUCCUUGUGUAUAAAAGAUGGCGCGAGACGCCCCGCCGCCCGCUGAAGAUCUGGUUCUUCGAUGCAUCGAAGCAAGUCUUUGGCUCAGUAUUGCUACAUAUUGCGAACCUGUUCAUGUCGAUGCUUUCGUCGGGGAGCUUUGAUGUUGCGGCGGCAGCGAAGAACGCUGUGCAGGAUGAUGGAGGAAAGAAGCCUAAUCCGUGCUCGUUCUAUUUGUUGAACAUCGCAGUUGAUACCACCCUCGGCAUCCCCAUCCUGGUCAUACUCCUCCGCAUUCUCCACAUCGCCUUCUCCUACACCCCCCUCGCCAAACCCCCAUCGUCCCUCCGCUCCGGCAACUACGGCAACCCACCCCGCGCAACAUGGUGGCUCAAGCAAUCCUUCAUCUACUUUUUCGGCCUCCUCGGCAUGAAACUCUGCGUUUUCGUCCUCUUCCUGCUCCUCCCCUGGAUCGCGUGGGUCGGCGACUGGGCACUGCGUUGGACCGAAGGAAACAAGCGCCUUCAAGUAGCAUUCGUGAUGCUCGUGUUCCCUCUGAUUAUGAAUGCGAUGCAGUACUGGAUUAUCGACGGCUUCAUUAAAGAUGAUAAGCGGAAUACGGCUGCGGAAAACGAGGCUGAGGAAGGGGAGGGUCAUGCGGAGAUUGUCAGGAGAGGAAGCGAGGACGACGCGUUUACGAUUGAGGACGACUCUGAGGACGAGAGCGAUGAGGAGGCUGGGUUGGUGAAGAAGAGCAACGCGGCGUCGUUGAAAGAGGCGAAUCCGACGGCUGUGCCUAUUAGGAAGGAGUACGAUCCCGAGCGUGAUGGGGUGGGGAGCUCGGGGAGUGAUCGGAGUGCAUUAACGGGAGAGGCGGCGAGGAAGGAGGUUGGUAAAUAGGACGUCUGCCAUCGGGGUCUGGUUGUAAAGGCGUUUCUAAGUCCUACAUAAUGGAUGGGUGUUUGGGUUGGGCUGGACUGGACUGGCGCUUUUGCGCAUAUCUAUCGAGGCUACUGAUAGACGUAUAUAUGGUUGUCUGGGCUGUAUGAUAGCGGUGUGAGGUUAUGGGUAUCGAUUGUUACUACUUGCAAUUUCGCGUAUAGACCUCUUCAUAUACCCACGAACCAACUCUCGUU